AUGGAGGAAAAGGAAGAAAGUGAACAAAGUUAUAGCAGCGGAAGUAGUAGUUCCUCCGACUCAUCUAGCGGGAGUUCAGAAUGCGAUGAAGAGUUAAUGGAACAAGUUCGUAUAUUAGGCCACACCUUAGAGUUACCACAAGAACUUUGUGAAGAUUAUUCCAUCUUCAAAGAAUUUUUCUCUCUUAAGACGUGGGAAAGCUUAGAAGAUAAACAUAAAGAUCAUCUUAAGAAGCUUUUGCCGCAAUUUAGUAAUAAUGAAGAUGAAGAGAACGAAAAAACUAUAAAAAUGUUGUUUAACCAUGAACCAUUCCAUUUUACUUCACCUCUUAGCAAUUUUUAUUCAAAUUUGAGACAAGGAAAUUAUAGGCCUGAUAUAGCAAAAAUGAGAAAAUUUCUAAAGAAGGCUAGAGCAAAACAACUAAAACACAAGAAAAAAUCAUAUUAUGCUAAACUACUACCAGAAUUGUUAAUAUCUCGAGAGCGCUUAAUGGCAGCUGUAGAAGCAGCACCACCUGGUCCAAUACCUCGAUUGCCUGUUUUAGCUCCAAAACCAUCAACUAAAAAUAAGUACAAGCCUUUAUAUAUAAGAGUAAAACAAAGAUAUUUUGAAGAGUUAGCUGCUAUUUGGAGUGAAGUUGGAGGAGAAGAGUCAGAGGAUGACAAUUAUCCAGAUGGACCACCUGAGUGCUCAAUUAAAAAAAAGAAGCAAUCAGUUUCUGGACAGCAUGUUGAUAACAAUGUGUCCGGAACACUUGGCGGUAGGGUUACCUCACAUCUGACAUCACUCCAAUGUUUAAAGAAUGUUCUUGCAACUCACAGGGCAAGGAGACAGUAUAGAGAAAAUCACCCAGAACUUAAUACCACUGGUAUCACUUUAGAAGACAUCAAGCAGAGAGUUGCUCUUAUGAAUGGUGCCAAAAAGCUUAUGUUUGGUGGUCCAAAAACAGAAACACCUAUUCAGAAGCUUAGAAGAGGUGCUAAAAGGGAAUUACAUCAUAGGCCUAUAAAAACAGAUACUAAAUCUGCAAUUAAGAAAGGGAAAGAUGAACUACAUGACAGCAUUGAUAAUAAACCACUAUUACCAAAUAUAAAAAUAAAGUGUGAACAAGAGGAGUCAGAUUCAGAAAAUUCAUCAUUCUUGGAUCCUGUCGCAAGUCCAAAGCAAUCCAGAAAACUGUUAGAUCAUUCAGAAAUUAAACAAGAAGCUGUUGACACUAAAUAUCAAAGUAUCUCCAAUAUGGCCUACAAUGAGUCUAAAUUGGAAAGUAUAAUUAAACAAGAGCCCAUUGACAGUCUAGGUUCAAUACAAAGUAAUUCAAGAGUAAUACAACCAGUGCCUAUUAAGUUAGAGGAUUUAGAUGGUAUUGAUAUGAUGGCCUUACCCAUAGAAUUGGCUGAUGAGUCUGGUGAAGUUCUUCCUGUUGACACUUCUGCAGAAACAACAGAUGAAGCCCUGGUAGAUCCUGAUGAAGCAUUAACAGAGACAACUCAUGCAAACUUUUUGUCUCUGGUAAGGGCUUUGUUUCCUGCUAGGGCGGCACAUCGGGCAUCCAAGCAACAAUUGCAAGCUAGGUGUGCAGCUGUUAUGAGGUCGCCUAUAGCGCCACUUAACACUUGGUAUAAUUUAUGUGAUGAUUGGUGCGGUGAACUCAACUCUGCUCUGGAUUUUCUCGCUGGGGAAAGAGGACCACAUCCAGACGAUUUUGUUCCUUACUUACAGUACAUACCAGAGUCACAGAUGUACCAAUGGAUCGGUGCAGGGCGGGAUUGCGACGCGAUCUUGGGUCGACUGUGUGAACGCUGGUUGCGGGCGGUUUCACCUACACCCUCUGCCACAGAACUACCACCACCAAGAUUUCCAACAUCGUGGACGGUACGGUCUCCGACGGCGGCGGAGAUAGCAGACUUUCGAGCACAGGAGAGGCGCAGAUUUGCCUCCGCUGCGAAACCUUUUACUUACGUACAGUAUGGGUACCGGGCGGUGGUGGGGCCGAUAACGCGCGUGGGAGGCGGGUGCGGGGCGGGGGCGGGUGCGGGGGGCGCGCUGCUGUGCGCGCAGCGGCCGCGCGCCGCCAGCCUGGCCGCGCUGCUGCGCGACGCGCUGGCGCGCCUGCCCAAUGGAGAGGGCACUCGCGCGGACCUCGUCACGCUGCUCAAGAUGUCUCAGUGGAUUGCUCCAUGUACUGAUCAAGCAUUGUCAAGUGCUAUAUCGUCUACAUUAGAGAAGCUGCUUACAGUGAAACGAGAUCCCAUCGUUAAGUACGACCAAAGGACUGCUAUUUGGACAUAUUUACAUAGAAAUAGAAGUGAAGAGGACUGGAUGAAAAGCAGCGGUGCUCGGAGUCGUGGCGGUAAGACACUUCCCACAGCACCGGCCCAAAUAUCACCUCAUACUUCUAUGGAAAUGGAGGUUGGUAGCGUUGAGGAAGUGGUAGAAAACGCUUCCGACAGUGACGUAGACGUUGACGACAGUGGCGUAUCUUCGUCCGUUCCCCAUCUAUCUUCAGCUCAACUUCUCAUGCAAGCAACACAAGCCACUCAAGUGAAGCAGCUACAGCCGACCGGACACAAUAAGCCCAAAGGAAAGCUUGUGCCCACACCGACAACGAAACCCAAAACCGCACAAACAAAACAGUCACCACAAGUAACCAAACAUUCAAACCUAAUUCAAUCCGUAAAACAGACAAUAAUAUCGCAAUCUGGAAAACAGAAUGCUCAGUCAUCAACUGUAAUGAGUGCAACGAAAAUAAUUGGUCAACCUCCAAAAGCAAAUGUGACACAAAAGCAAAAUACCACCAAUGUUGCACAAGCCAAACAAAACGUUGUUAAGCAAGCAAGCGUUAUUUCGAAGCAAGUGCCUUUAGCGAAGCAAUCUCCGAAGCAAGCUCAAGCGAAAAGUGUCAUGGUUGAAACGGCUAAGUCUGGUGUUGGUCAAAUGAAACAAAUGAAUGAAAUGGUCGCCAAGACUUUGCCAUCGGUAGUUGUAACGCCUCAGAAGCCACCGCUUGUUAAGCCGAAAGUAGCACAGAAGAUUGAAGUAACACAGAGCUUGAUAUCUUCGAGUUUGUCUAAUCAGAAUUCAACAGUCGUGUCAGUUGUUCAACCGCACACUCAGCAAUCAGCUGCAUCCGUGCAACAAAGUCAAGCUAAGUUAACGCAGGUGACCCGAUCUCUACUGAUUAGGCCGUCCGCGGUACAGUCGACUUCUGCAGGAACCGCCAUAACUGUCUGCACUCCGUCCACACAGACAACAACAAGUACCGCGCGACGAGGUGUUGUUAGAGUGUUGAGUCCAGCCACUCCGUCAUCGGGUAAAUCACUCAUAUCGCCGCAAGCCUUGAUGCAGCAAAGCGCGCCAACAACAAAGAAACGGACAAUAGUGACGAGUACGACAUCUGCAACGACAGUAGCUCAGACAUCGGCAAGUGCAACAACGGUAGUUAGCAGUGUCCCUACUGUUGUUUCGUCAUCCGUUUCAACACGAACGGUCCAAUUGGCCGGAGGAAGGACAGUUCAGUUAGCAACUAACCAAACGGUCCAUUUACCAGGCGGUCAAGCCGUUCAGUUAACGCCGGGCCACUCUCUACAACUAUCUUCAUUACAGCUACCGACGCACAGCGUUCGUCUGCCCAGCGGUCAAACCGUCCAACUCGCUUCGCCGCAAACUGUCAGAGCUGUUUCCAACACUCAAGUCAAAAACCCAAGUCCAAGAACACAAACAUCCUCUCCAACGAUCAAAAUGAACACCCAAACGAGUCAGCCGCUCCAAAUACCGGUGUCCACAGUCCAACUUGCUGGACAAACCGUUCAAAUCGCCGGUCAAACUGUUCAACUAGCUGGUCAAAGUGUGCAAUUAACUGGACAUACUGUAAAGCUACCUAGUGGACAAAGUGUGCAAGUGGCUAGUCAAAGUGUUCUUCCAUCACAAAAUGUACAAACAGUUCAAUUAGCGAGUGGUAAUAUUCAAACUGUCCAAUUAAGUGGUCAAAAUGUGCAAUUACCAAGUCAAAGUGUUCAAAUGUCUAGUGGACAAAGUGUGAUAUCAUCUCCAACUGUGCAGAUUGGUGGUCAAACUGUACAGUUAGGCGGUGGUCAAACAGUACAGUUACCGAGUGGUCAGACGUUACAGUUACCUAGUGGACAAACAGUGCAGUUGUCUAGUGGUCAGACAAUACAGUUAGCUAGUGGACAGACUUUACAACUCGCAAAUCAACAGACGCCAAAGUCAAUAGCUCAAGUUGUGAGAACGCAAUCUACAGGUGAUAAACCCUCCCAGCCAAUUGUAGCAAAGUUGUUAACUAAUGCACAGGGACAAAUGAUAUCGCUGGAAGGCGUAGUAGGCGGUGGGCGAGCGUUGCAAGUGGCGAGCGUGGGCGCAGUGGGCGGCGUGCGCGGCCGCGGCGGCGUGCGCGUGCUGUCGCCCGGCACCAGGCUCACCCGCCCUCUCCUGCUUACUGCCGCUAAGCCCUUGCAUAAUAUCAUAUUGCAGCAAGGUGAUGGCAGUGCAAUUCGAGUGACAUCUAGCGGCGGUGCCUCUACAUCACAAACUUUAGUAUUAAGCAAUAUUGGAGCGCAAGCAGUAACAACGUCAACGACAUCGCCGCCCGUCUUGAAACUACAACAGGUGAAUCCAAUACAUCAGGUUAGACUACCGCAGGGGAUAAAAAUUCAACAGGCUGUACCAACAGCGACAGUGCCAACAUCUAGCGGAGUCCGUAGUGUGCUGAUGGACGGCCAACAAUUGAAAUUAGUUGGAGGGCGUCACGUGCUAGCCAGGUUGUUGAGACCGACUAACCCGCCGCAAUAG